AUGCCUUCAACUCUAGGCCAUGAAGAACCCCAAGCGCAACCAAAUGACAUAUUAUCAGAAACCAAUUCUACAUCUCGGAAACCUGGUCGCCCUCCUGGUGUGAAUUUGGAACCAUACAAAGACUUUAUAGUGAAACUCUUUUCCGAAGACAGUAUCCCUAUCAUCGAUAUUACAAGAAGGCUCAAUCAAGAAUUAGCUUUAGAUGUCUCGGAACGUAAAGUCUCUCGAACUUUGGCAGCAUGGAACAUUCGCAAAAGAAAUCGUGGACCCGUACCUCAAGCUCUCCAAGAUCGAUUAACCUUUCAUUACAAUCAAAAUCUAAAUGAUGACCAAAUCGCCGAAGCCUUGAUUUCUGAAGGGUUCGAAAUUAAAAGAUCGAAUUUGGGGCGUUUAAGGCAGAAGCUUGGUAUGCGACGAAGGUCUCGAUAUUCUGAAUUUCGCGAAUAUUCCCAAGGCCCCGCAGUUGUCAGCAAUUCAUCAUCCACAACGGUUACAUCAAAACCGAAGAAUACGAAACCAAAGAUGGCACAGAAUGCUGGAUUGAUCGUGCAAGUUACGGCAUUUGUCGAGAAGUACAUGAGCGCGUAUGACGGUUCCCACGAUUUCAACCACAUUCGACGCGUGGUCGGACUGGCACAUAGAAUAUACAAGGAGCUUGAUGGAGAGGGGGUGAACGGCUCGGAAUUGGACUUGCAAGUUGUGACUUUGGCGGCACUUUUGCAUGACGUGGGGGAUAAGAAAUAUCUUUUGCCCGGCCAGGAUCAAAAUACUUUGGUACUUUCAACGCUAUUGGGUUUUGGGGCCGAAGAAAAGUUGGCCAUCAAAGUGCAGAGAAUCGUUCUCGGAGUUUCGUAUUCGAGUGAAAUUAAGGAUUUGGCAUUAGUGAGGGGCUUGAUUGAAAAAUAUCCAGAGUUAGCUGUGGUGCAAGAUGCUGACAGGCUCGAUGCUGUUGGGGCCAUCGGAAUUGGAAGAACAUUCACAUUUGGAGGAGCGAAGGGUGCAAGGAAUAUGGGAGAGACUAUUCAGCAUUUCGAGGACAAGCUGGAAAAGUUAGGAGGGAUGAUGAAGACAGCUCCUGGCAAACGAAUGGCGAAGGAAAGGACUCAGAGAUUAAUAAUGUUCAAAAACUGGUGGGAGGAAGAACAAAAGGAUGCUGAAGGUUUACUACGGCCUCAAUCCUCAUCUUGA